AUGGCCAAAAGUAAAGACGAAUUUUUAGAUGAAAUAUUGAUGUGUGGUAUAUGUUUAUCACGAAUGAAACAGCCUCGUUCUUUACCAUGUAUGCAUUCAUUUUGUCAACAAUGUUUAAUAGAAUUUGUACAUAAUUCUACAAAUUCAAUCGAUUGUCCCUAUUGUAAACUUCAUAUUGAAUAUAAUAAUUUUGCUCAUUUUCAAUCGAUGUUACUAGUCAAUCCUGUUCUUAAACAAUUAUGUGAAGCACUUGAUUCUGAAAAUUUUACAUCAUCAAAAUUCGAUGAUUCAAAUACAUCAUCAUCAACAACAAAUAAUAAUGCAUCUCAUGCACGAUGUCAUACAUGUGGUCUAUUAAAAUUAUUAAAAGUUUGUAAACAUUGCUUUUUUAUGUUAUGUCAAGAAUGUCGUAAACAACAUUUACUCGAAGUACAUAGUGAAUCAAAACAUCUUUUAGAACAAUUAGAAUAUCGUUUAAAACUUGUACAAACUAAAAAAUUUGAAUUAGAUCAACAAUUAGAGUUAUAUGAUCAAUUAAAAAGACAAACAAAUGAUUAUGCACUCAAAUUAUUUCAUGUUAUUUGUAAACAAAGAGAUAUGGUCUGGGAACAAUUAGAACAAUUACAACAAAAAGAUCAACAAUUAUUUUGGAAUCAAAAUUCAUUUGAAAAUAUGGAAAAAUUCGAUUUUUUUCUUCAAUUAUGUGAUAUUGGUAAAAAAAAAUUACAAGCAAAAAAUAUUACUGAUAAAGAAUUGAUAGAAUUAUCUGAAAAUUUACUUUCACAACCGUCUGAAAUUAGUCAAGAAAUAAUUGAAAAAAUAGAAUUUUCAAAAAUUCAAUUAAAACUAAAUGAAGCUGUUAUUAAUGAUGAACAAAUUUUUAUUGAAAUUGUACAUGAGAAAAAAGAUGAUCAAUCAUUACCACCGACGUCGUUGACACCACCCUGUGAACUUGUUGAUCUAACAAGUUUAAUUGAACAACAAGAUGAAGAUUAA